AUGGAAUUACAAAAAUCAACCAGUAUGCCUGGGCCCUUGUCCCCAGGAUAUGCAGCUCAGGUGCCGUAUAACUAUAAUCAGUUAGAAGGAAGAUUCAAGCAGUUGCAAGAUGAACGUGAGGCAGUUCAGAAGAAGACUUUCACAAAGUGGGUUAAUUCCCACUUGGCACGCGUGUCAUGCAGAAUUACGGAUUUGUACACUGACCUUCGUGAUGGAAGGAUGCUCAUCAAACUUCUGGAAGUUCUUUCAGGAGAGCGACUUCCCAAACCAACUAAGGGAAGGAUGCGCAUCCAUUGCCUGGAGAACGUUGAUAAAGCCCUCCAGUUCCUGAAAGAGCAACGAGUACACCUGGAAAACAUGGGAUCUCAUGAUAUUGUGGAUGGGAAUCACAGGCUGACACUUGGCCUUAUUUGGACUAUUAUCCUGAGGUUCCAGAUCCAAGAUAUCAGUGUUGAAACUGAGGACAACAAGGAGAAGAAAUCUGCUAAAGAUGCGUUGCUUUUGUGGUGCCAGAUGAAGACAGCUGGUUACCCCAAUGUCAACAUUCACAAUUUUACAACAAGCUGGAGGGACGGGAUGGCUUUCAACGCACUAAUACAUAAGCACAGGCCUGAUCUGAUUGAUUUUGACAAGCUGAAGAAAUCAAAUGCACACUACAAUCUGCAAAAUGCUUUUAACCUUGCAGAGCAACACCUUGGUCUUACUAAGCUCCUGGACCCUGAGGAUAUCAGUGUUGAUCAUCCUGAUGAAAAGUCAAUCAUCACCUAUGUGGUGACAUAUUACCACUACUUCUCCAAGAUGAAAGCAUUAGCUGUUGAAGGAAAGCGUAUUGGAAAGGUGCUUGACAAUGCCAUUGAAACAGAGAAAAUGAUUGAAAAAUACGAAUCGCUGGCUUCUGACCUUCUUGAGUGGAUUGAACAAACCAUUAUCAUCCUCAACAAUCGCAAAUUUGCCAACUCGCUAGUUGGUGUGCAGCAGCAGCUACAGGCGUUCAACACUUACCGCACAGUAGAGAAACCACCCAAGUUUACAGAAAAAGGAAACCUAGAAGUGCUACUUUUUACCAUCCAAAGCAAAAUGAGAGCCAACAAUCAGAAAGUAUACAUGCCAAGGGAGGGCAAACUCAUCUCUGACAUUAACAAGGCCUGGGAAAGACUGGAAAAAGCUGAACAUGAAAGAGAACUGGCACUGCGAAAUGAGCUCAUCAGACAAGAGAAACUGGAACAACUUGCACGCAGAUUUGAUCGCAAGGCAGCUAUGAGAGAAACCUGGCUAAGUGAAAAUCAACGUCUAGUUUCUCAGGAUAAUUUUGGCUUUGACCUUCCAGCGGUGGAGGCUGCAACAAAGAAGCAUGAGGCCAUUGAAACAGAUAUUGCAGCAUAUGAAGAACGAGUCCAAGCUGUGGUUGCAGUUGCAAAGGAGCUUGAGACUGAAAAUUAUCAUGAUAUAAAACGCAUCACUGCAAGAAAGGACAAUGUUAUACGCUUGUGGGAAUACCUCCUGGAGCUGCUCAGGGCACGGAGACAACGUCUGGAGAUGAAUCUUGGCCUGCAAAAGAUUUUCCAGGAAAUGCUGUACAUUAUGGACUGGAUGGAUGAGAUGAAGGUGCUUCUGCUGUCUCAAGACUAUGGCAAACAUUUGUUAGGAGUCGAAGACCUGUUGCAGAAACAUGCUCUUGUGGAAGCUGACAUUGCCAUUCAGGCUGAGAGAGUGAGAGGGGUCAAUGCAUCUGCACAGAAGUUUGCCACCGAUGGAGAAGGUUACAAACCAUGUGACCCACAGGUUAUCAGGGACCGCGUUGCUCACAUGGAGUUCUGUUACCAAGAGUUGUGCCAGCUUGCAGCCGAGCGCCGGGCCCGCUUGGAGGAGUCCCGGCGCCUCUGGAAAUUCUUCUGGGAAAUGGCUGAAGAAGAGGGUUGGAUCAGGGAGAAGGAACAGAUCCUUUCAUCUGAUGACUAUGGGAAGGACCUAACCAGUGUUGUCCGUCUCUUGAGUAAACAUAAGGCGUUUGAAGACGAAAUGAGUGGUCGUAGUGGCCACUUCCAGCAAGCGAUAAAAGAAGGUGAAGACAUGAUUGCGGAAGAGCAUUUUGGGUCUGAGAAGAUCAGAGAAAGAAUUAAGGAUAUCCGGGAGCAGUGGGCUAACUUGGAACAGUUAUCUGCCAUUAGGAAGAAACGUCUGGAGGAAGCCUCUCUCCUUCACCAGUUCCAGGCUGAUGCUGAUGACAUUGACGCAUGGAUGUUGGACAUCCUCAAAAUUGUCUCCAGCAACGAUGUUGGUCAUGAUGAAUAUUCUACACAGUCCUUGGUCAAGAAACACAAGGAUGUUGCUGAAGAGAUUGCAAGCUACCGGCCAACCAUUGACUCACUUCACGAGCAGGCAAAGGCUCUACCACAGGAACACGCCGGGUCUCCAGAUGUGCAAGGCAGGUUGUCCGGAAUAGAAGAAAGAUACAAGGAGGUUGCUGAGCUGACUCGGCUGCGUAAACAGGCCUUGCAGGAUACCCUUGCUCUUUAUAAGAUGUUCAGCGAGGCAGAUGCAUGUGAACUUUGGAUAGAUGAAAAGGAGAAGUGGCUGAAUAAUAUGCAGAUUCCAGAGAAGCUGGAGGACCUGGAAGUGAUCCAGCACAGAUUUGAAAGCUUAGAACCUGAAAUGAACAAUCAGGCUUCCCGUGUUGCAGUAGUGAACCAAAUUGCUAGGCAGCUAAUGCACAGUGGCCAUCCAAGUGAGAAGGAGAUCAAAGCACAGCAAGAUAAACUCAACACGAGAUGGAGCCAGUUCAGAGAACUGGUAGACAGAAAGAAGGAUGCUCUACUCUCGGCCCUGAGUAUCCAGAAUUACCACCUUGAAUGUAAUGAAACCAAGUCCUGGAUCAGGGAAAAGACAAAAGUGAUUGAAUCCACACAAGAUCUGGGUAAUGAUCUCGCUGGAGUGAUGGCCCUGCAGAGGAAGCUGACGGGCAUGGAACGUGACCUGGUAGCCAUUGAGGCUAAGCUCAGUGACCUGCAAAAAGAGGCAGAAAAGUUGGAAUCAGAGCAUCCUGACCAGGCACAGGCUAUCCUUUCACGACUUGCAGAAAUCAACGAUGUAUGGGAAGAAAUGAAGACCACUCUCAAGAACCGGGAAGAGUCUCUUGGAGAGGCAAGCAAACUGCAACAGUUCCUGAGAGAUCUAGAUGACUUCCAGUCAUGGUUAUCCAGAACUCAGACUGCAAUUGCCUCUGAAGACAUGCCAAACACACUGACAGAGGCUGAGAAGCUGCUCACUCAACAUGAGAAUAUUAAGAAUGAAAUCAACAAUUAUGAAGAAGACUAUCAGAAAAUGAGGGACAUGGGUGAGAUGGUGACACAAGGGCAAACCGACGCUCAGUACAUGUUCCUACGCCAGCGCCUACAAGCUUUGGACACUGGAUGGAAUGAGCUCCACAAAAUGUGGGAGAACAGGCAAAAUCUCCUCUCCCAGUCUCAUGCCUACCAGCUAUUUCUCAGAGAUACCAAACAAGCAGAAGCAUUUCUUAAUAACCAGGAGUAUGUUUUGGCACACACAGAAAUGCCCACUACCUUGGAAGGAGCAGAAGCUGCUAUUAAAAAACAGGAGGAUUUCAUGACUACAAUGGAUGCCAAUGAAGAAAAGAUCAAUGCAGUCGUAGAGACUGGCAGAAGGCUAGUUAGUGAUGGGAACAUUAACUCUGAUAAAAUCCAGGAGAAAGUGGACUCUAUUGAUGACAGACAUAGGAAGAACCGUGAAGCAGCCAGUGAACUUCUGAUGAGACUGAAAGAUAACAGGGAUCUUCAAAAGUUUCUUCAGGAUUGUCAAGAGCUCUCACUCUGGAUCAAUGAAAAGAUGCUUACAGCCCAGGAUAUGUCCUAUGAUGAGGCAAGGAACCUGCACAGCAAAUGGCUGAAGCAUCAGGCAUUUAUGGCAGAACUUGCAUCCAACAAAGAAUGGCUGGAGAAGAUUGAAAAGGAGGGAAUGCAGCUCAUUGCAGAGAAACCAGAGACUGAAGCUGUAGUGAAAGAAAAGCUGACAGGUCUCCAUCAAAUGUGGGAAGAGCUCGAAUCCACUACCCAGACCAAGGCUCAGCGUCUCUUUGAUGCAAACAAGGCGGAGCUUUUUACCCAGAGCUGUGCUGAUUUGGAUAAGUGGCUGAAUGGUUUGGAGAGUCAAAUUCAGUCAGACGACUAUGGAAAGGAUCUCACCAGUGUCAACAUCCUGUUGAAGAAGCAGCAGAUGCUAGAGAAUCAAAUGGAUGUUCGUAAGAAGGAGAUAGAGGAACUGCAAAGCCAGGCACGGGCUUUAAGUCAGGAAGGGAAGAGCACAGAUGAAGUAGAUGGAAAACGCCUCACUGUAGAAAAGAAAUUUUUGGAGUUGCUGGAACCUUUGAAUGAAAGAAAGGCAAACCUGCUGGCCUCCAAAGAAAUCCACCAGUUUAACCGGGAUGUGGAAGAUGAAAUUUUGUGGGUUGGAGAGAGAAUGCCUAUAGCAACAUCUACUGAUCAUGGACACAACCUCCAGACUGUGCAGCUACUGAUAAAGAAAAAUCAGACCCUUCAGAAAGAAAUCCAAGGACAUCAGCCUCGUAUUGAUGAUAUUUUUGAGAGGAGUCAAAAUAUUAUCACAGACAGUAGCCCUAAUGCCGAAGCCAUUCAGCAGAGACUUGCAGACUUGAAGCAGCUGUGGAACCUCCUAAUUGAGGAGACAGAGAAACGCCACAAGCGCCUAGAGGAGUCUCACAGAGCGCAGCAGUAUUACUUUGAUGCUGCUGAGGCCGAAGCCUGGAUGAGUGAGCAGGAGCUCUACAUGAUGUCAGAAGAGAAAGCCAAGGAUGAACAGAGUGCAGUAUCCAUGUUGAAGAAGCACCAGAUUUUGGAACAGGCUGUAGAAGACUAUGCUGAAACUGUGCACCAGCUUUCAAAGACCAGCAGAACUUUGGUGGCAGAUAAUCACCCUGAAAGUGAGCGUAUCAGCAUGCGCCAGUCCAAAGUGGAUAAGCUGUAUGCAGGCCUGAAGGAUCUCGCUGAAGAGAGAAGAGGCAAACUGGAUGAAAGACACAGGCUCUUCCAGCUUAACCGAGAGGUGGAUGACCUGGAGCAGUGGAUUGCUGAAAGGGAGGUGGUGGCAGGAUCCCAUGAGUUGGGACAGGAUUAUGAGCAUGUAACGAUGCUACAGGAGCGAUUCCGGGAAUUUGCCCGAGACACUGGAAACAUUGGACAGGAGCGUGUUGAUACUGUUAACCACAUGGCAGACGAACUCAUCAACUCUGGACAUUCGGAUGCUGCAACAAUUGCAGAGUGGAAGGAUGGUCUCAAUGAGGCCUGGGCUGAUCUCCUGGAGCUCAUUGACACGAGAACACAAAUUCUAGCAGCCUCUUAUGAACUGCACAAAUUUUACCACGAUGCCAAGGAAAUCUUAGGACGCAUUCAAGACAAACACAAGAAACUGCCAGAAGAGCUUGGUAGAGACCAAAACACAGUGGAAACACUACAAAGAAUGCACACUACAUUUGAACAUGAUAUCCAGGCACUCGGUACCCAGGUAAGACAGCUGCAGGAGGAUGCUGCACGCCUUCAGGCUGCCUAUGCUGGGGACAAAGCUGAUGACAUCCAGAAGAGGGAAAAUGAGGUCCUAGAAGCCUGGAAGGCACUGUUGGAUGCCUGCGAGGGCCGCAGGGUUAGACUGGUGGACACAGGAGACAAAUUCCGUUUCUUCAGCAUGGUUCGGGAUCUCAUGCUUUGGAUGGAAGAUGUUAUCCGGCAAAUCGAAGCCCAGGAAAAGCCAAGGGAUGUUUCGUCUGUUGAACUGCUAAUGAACAAUCACCAGGGUAUCAAAGCAGAAAUCGAUGCCCGAAAUGACAGCUUUACUACCUGUAUUGAGCUUGGCAAAUCUCUUCUGGCAAGAAAACACUACGCAUCAGAGGAGAUCAAGGAAAAGCUACUGCAGCUGACAGAGAAAAGAAAAGAAAUGAUUGACAAAUGGGAAGACAGAUGGGAGUGGCUGAGACUGAUUUUGGAGGUGCAUCAGUUUUCAAGAGAUGCAAGUGUGGCUGAGGCCUGGCUGCUGGGGCAGGAGCCCUACCUAUCCAGUCGUGAAAUAGGUCAAAGUGUUGAUGAAGUGGAAAAAUUAAUCAAGCGGCAUGAAGCAUUUGAGAAAUCCGCAGCUACUUGGGAUGAGAGAUUUGCAGCACUGGAAAGACUGACCACGUUGGAACUGCUGGAAGUACGUCGACAACAGGAGGAAGAGGAGAGGAAGAGACAGCCGCCUACUCCAGAACCAAGCCCAAAGGUUGCAGAGGAUGCAGACUCCCAGCAGCAAUGGGAUGGAACAAAAGGAGAACAGGUUUCCCAGAAUGGUUUGCCAUCAGACCAGGAAUCUCCACGGGUUAGUUACCGCUCCCAAACCUACCAAAACUACAAAAACUUUAUUAGCAGACGGACAGCCAAUGACCGAUCAUGGUCUGGACUGUGACAUACAGAAACAUUUGCAGCAAAAGACACCAUUUUUUCAGUAUGGUUUACUGGUUCUGGUUUAAUCUUUUGGCUUCAGAUUUCCUUGCUGCUUUUCUCUUCCUUCCCAUCAGUUGAUUUUAUUUAAUUAGCAGCCCCUUGGAAAUAUAUUUUGUUUCACUUUAAUCCUUGUUUAUUUCAAUAUCCCCACUGACACUCAGUUGCUUUAAGGUGACACAUUUAUUUCAUGUUAUUUACUGUGAGUUUUUCAUGUCGUUAAUAGUAUUAAGAUUUUCCAGCUAAACCGUCUUUUAUAUGAGUAAUUGAGAUUUAAUGAGAUUACAUCAUAAUGAAGAAGAGAACUAGAAUCUGACAGGUAUGACGCAUCGAAUUAUACUAACAGGUUUCAGCACGGCAACAUUAUUAAAUCAGCUGCAUUAGAAAGUGAGUUAUUCACAAGGCCAAAGACAAUACAUGCAAGUGAGUUCAGUAGAAAAGGCUGGGAGGGAGGGGAGUGUUGUAACCACCAACAAAUUAAAAGCCUUAAGGUUAGCUUUAUAACAUUCCAUGCAGAAUGGAUUCAUUGACUGCAGAUAAAAAUAAACAUGAAAUAAACCAAUAAAAAUAGUUUCUAGAUUUAUCUUGGAAUUUAGUCCUUUUGAAGAGUUGUGAUCUUGCUGACUAGCUGUUUUGGGGCCCCAUUUUCCCUUGGAGAAUUUACGCAACAGUAGUUCCAUUGACUGACAUUGGAGAUACAGUGGUACAAAUGAGAUUAGGAUGCAGACCAUUAUGGAGAGGUUGUGACACUUUUCUUGGUACAUUGGUCUAAGAUCCCAGCUCUCUAUUUUCUAUACAUAUAGGCUGAAUUGUCAAUUCCUUCUUGACAGAGGAGGUUCUAGUGGAGUCAGGAUGCAUGCCAAUACUCCUAAAUGUGCAGCCGUAGAGAUAACAGUAAUUAUGUAUGUUUAUUUAAAGCAUCACAGUAGUUGAAAACUGGCCUAUCUCUUCAUUACCUUCCUGCAAAGCCUGCUUGUUCCAAUUGAUGCUCUGAAUUGUGGUAAAACCUGGCACUUCUCUGUCAUGUUUUUGAACCUCACUCUCUGAGGUUAUGGGAAACACGAGAAGGGCUCCUGGCAGGCUCACAUCAGCAGAUAUUAGAACUUCUACCAUUACUGCAAAGGAAAUGAAGGUCCCAGUCUAGUACUCUGGGAGGAACUGUCUUUCAGCAUAAGGUUACCUUUCAGGUCAUCCGUCCCAGUUACUUCUGGGUCUUCACACAGACUCUGUUAACGCUGUUGGAUGAUAAGCAGUUCUGUCUUUUACUUUCUUUUAAAUAAAGCCUUUCAGUUCAUCUUCAAUAUUAAUGAGGAAGUGAGAUGAGUGUUUUACAUUCUAAUGUCUAUGAAAUUUUAUGUAGUUGUGGCAAGGAAUAUGAAUCCCAGAUCAUCAUCACCUCGGUGGUUACCACAGUCUUAUACAUCACCUGUUUGCUUCAUUUUUUAUUUUAUUACCAUGAUACAUAAUGCAUUUCCAUGUUAAUCUUUGCCAUCUACACUUCACAGUCUUUCAUGAGAGCUUUUUAGGUCAGUUCACUGAAUCUUGUGUUACAAUACAUCAGAUGUACACAGCUGUAUUAUUUCUGACUUGAGGCAUGAAAUAUGCUGUAGUUGGUCAGAUUUUCUCUGACAACCAGCUGAGCAGUGCAGCUAUAUUAUUAUGUAUUGGCUAAGCUCAUAAAGAGAGAGGUGGUUGAAAGGAUGUGCUUCAGUAAUUGUACUUUUACUGUAACUUGUCUUUCCACUUCAUGAUGCAUGUUUUUUUUUUCUUUUGUCAGGAUAACAAGAUAUAUAUUCUUAAUGCUUUUUAAAUUUUCAUAUAAAAUUAUGCAAAUGAUCUGGUGACUACUUACACCAGUGUUGGGUCUGUGUGCCUUUAAGAGUAUGACAGUUCUCAGAGCAGUUUAACUGUAGCUUCAGAUACCACAAUUUGGGAAGCCUUCAGAUGUAUUCUGGCUAAAAAUUAGUUUGUAAGGGUAAUUUAUAUAGAUACAUGUUUUUACUUGCAUUAGUCCACUUCCAUAUAGAAAUGAUACUUACAUGAUUAAGAAAAAUUAAUUACGUCAUCAAUUAAGGUCAUCAUUUUAGGCACAAGAAGUGUAAGAUUUCACCAAUUCAGUAUGGCUUAUGGUUCCGGCUUAAAUCAUUAAAAUGGUUACUUGUGCCAGAACAAUACACAAGCUGUCAGCUAUUUGCAUCUCAAAAGGCAAAUAUGUCUCUAUUAUUUAAGCUGUGGUGCAGAGACUUAAGCUGAUGACCUGUACUUAAUGUUGCUUCAAGCACUGUGAAAAUCAAAGGGAUGUCUUCAGUCAUUGUCACCGGCUGUCUUGUUGCAUGUUAUACAGUCCUGACUUAAAUAUACCUCAAGAGUAGUCUCUAGCCACUAAAGAACUCGCAACUAACCUCUCAGUCAUGAUUAAGAAAACUGUAUUCGUGUACGUGAUAACUGUUUUGUUGUAACAGUACAGUUUGCUAUUAAUGUUUGUCCUCUGUUGCGUUGUCUUUGCAUGCCCAAUGCAUGUUUCCAUUAAAAUUUGUUUAGCUCCUGUUUUUCUCUAUUUUCAUGACACAUUCUUUGCAUACCUGUUUAUGAUUCAGAUUUAUUUUGCUUGUUUUCUGUUAAUUGUAGAUAACACAUGGAAAGGAAAUAAACCUGAAAGAGCAUCAAUAAAGCUUUUCAUAGCCCUUUUACAAUCAGCAGCAUUUUAAGUAGAUUUUACAGGUCUGAUUGUGUAAUUAAAGUUGGCGGUUACCAUUUAAAACCACAGGCUUGUAGAUUGCAGCACUGAAUUACAUGUUACUUAGCAUAAAAACAUUUUGAGUAGUUGUGCAGUGGCUGCUGUUCUGGAACUUGUCUGUUUUACUUCAGAUUAAUCAUUACAGGUACCCCAAAAUCUGUAAUAUUUUCAUAUCUUGUCUGUAUCACUACAGAAAACAUCCUACUUUCAGCAUUGGCUUAGCUAAUAGGUAGUUCUGGGUAGUUGUGCUGAGUCAACUGCGGUCUAUGUAGCAUGCAGGCUAUACAAGUCUCCAGUAAUUCUUUAUUGCUGUUCACAAGUGCCUCAUAUAUCUCAGACAGGGAUCCUGUCAGUUUAAAAGAAGAUUAUGUUUGAAGUUCAGUAACAGUCAGUGGUCAGUAAAAUUUUCAAAGGGCUCUCCUUUUUCAUUAAUGUGGUAUGUUGGCCAUUGAUCAGUGCUGGUGGUGAUUAAUUAAUUAAGCAUUCUUUGGUGAAUCACUGGUUGUGUAUUUCACUACCUGUGUUGCAGCAGCAGUGCUGGCAGUGUUUGGAUAAUCUUCAUUCUCACCUAUUUAUUCCCCCCACCUCCUGCCCUCCUUUAAUCAACAUUUUUGUUUUAUUUUGAGAUUUGAAUAUAAAUAGCAGGGUUUGAUGGCUUUGACUUAACCUAAAUUCGAAGAAGCAGCAUCAUUGAUUUUUACUCCAGCUGGAUAACACUAGAUAGAUCUUCAGUGCAGGGUAGAUGUUCCUUCUGAUAACUAGGCUGUAAGGCUACAUGUCUUUAGGGACAGAGUAAAAUAGAUAUGACUUGAAGUGGAAUGUGAGCUGUGAUUCUUUCCCUGUUUCAGUGAUGUAGUGUCUGUACUCUAGAGAUUUAGAUUGCUUAAAGGCAGUUAACCAACCCUUCCCAUAUUCAUAGCAAGUUGACACUUAGAUCUUUCUAGGUCAAUAUCUGAGGUACAAAGGUGUGAGGUACAAUAAUGUAUACUUGGCAGGUACAAGAAGUUUUAGACAAUGGUGGCAAAAUUUAGUUUGUUGCAUAAUAAUUCGGCUGCUUUUGAAUUGUCCGGGCUUUUUGCAGAAGUGGGAAUGUCUAAUUACUGUGCCAUUCACAAAUACCUGCUUGUCUGCAUAAAAACAGUCCAGAAUGUUUGUAAUCUACUAGAGCAUUAGCAGCACUAAGCUUUAGUAACUUGCUAAUAAUAAUAAUACACACUGGUUGUGUAACUCCUGAGCUGCUACCAAAUGGCUCUACGUGUCAAAGUAAUGGUACAAGAAAAA